CUGCUCUGGCUGUGUUUCCCGAUGGCUCCCACGGUGUUGGCCGCUCUCCUUCCCCUGAGUGUCUGUCUCCUGCUGACACCCGGCCCCACUGAGGCAGGCAGGCUGCUGGUGUUGCCCCUGGAUGGGAGCCAGUGGUUCACCAUGAGCUCAGUGGUGGAACAGCUGGUCCAGAGAGGGCAUGAGUUAGUGGUGGUCAUGCCAGAGGUGAGUUGGCAUCUGAAGAAAUCAUUCAAUUUUACAGCCAAGACCUAUUUUGUUCCUUAUACCCUGGAGGAUUUGGAUCGUGAAUUCAAGGUUUUCGCUGAUGCUUAUUGGAAAAUUCGAGAACUAGGAAUACUCUCAUUCUUGAAUAGUUCACCCAGCAAGCUUUUUGAUUAUAGUUUCUCACACUGUAAAAGCAUGUUUGACAACAGGAAGCUGGUGAGAUACUUGGAAGAGACUUCUUUCGACGCAGUGUUCCUAGAUCCUUCUGAUAUGUGCGGUCUGAUAAUAGCCAAGUACCUGUCCCUCCCUUCUGUCGUCUUCACCAGGGGAGCAUUUUGCCAUUAUCAGGAUGAAGGGACUCAGUGCCCGAGCCCCCUGUCUUAUGUCCCUAGAAAACUCUCAGCUCUCUCGGAUACCAUGACAUUCCCGGAGCGAGUGCGGAAUCUCCUUGUCCAUGUGCAGGAGCAUUUAUUUUGCCCCAAUUUUCUGAAAACAGCUGUAGAUGUUGCCUCUGGGAUUUUCCAGACCACCAUCACCCCCUAUGACCUCUACAGUCAAGUGUCUAUCUGGUUGAUACGGACUGAUUUUGUGUUGGACUAUCCCAAACCCGUGAUGCCCAACAUGGUCUUCAUCGGAGGCAUCAGCUGCCAUGCGGGAAAGCCCCUGACAGAGCCUCUCCAGGACUCAGAGUUCGGAAUGAGCCAACACGAGCAGUAA